AAUCAAAUACGAUUAUCCUCUUCAAAGAAUAACAAAAUAUGUGAGGCCUUAUUUUAAGCCCUCUAUAUAUACAUACAUUUCAAAGUUAGAACUUAGAAGCCUUCCAUUAAACUUGAUCCCAUCUAAACAAAUCCUUAUUCAAUAAUCACAAAUGUCAAGUUUAUCGAAAAUGCUUCUUCAAUAUGAGUUUGGGCAUGUUUAUUCAAGAAAACUUCUUUUUCAUACUUCUAUAGGUCAACAACCAGGGGAGAUGACGAUAACACACGCUGCAUCAUCAUCAAGUCCGUCUUCAACUCAUAACAAAUGCGGUGCAAAUGUGAUAAUGGUUUUAUCGGUGCUUGUGUGCACCCUGAUAUGUACUCUAGUGUUAAACUCCAUCUUAAGGUGUAUAUUUAAAUGUGUGAGGUUAGUCGGCCCAGAGACUAGCGCUAGCGCACAGUCACACAACACUUCAGCUAGAGUAGCCACUAGCGGAAUCAAGAAGAAGGCGUUAAAGAGUUUCCCAGUAGUCAACUAUUGGCAAGGAUUGCAGUUACCAGGGUUGGGUAAAGAAUGUGUUAUAUGUCUAGAUGAUUUUUCAAAAGGAGAGUAUGUUAAAAUUCUACCCAAGUGCAAUCAUGGAUUUCAUGUUCGUUGCAUAGAUAAAUGGCUCGGAUCAAAUUCUUCAUGUCCAACUUGUAGGCAAUCGCUAAGUGAUAUAUGCGAAAAGAUUGUCACCGGAGGGGACUAUAGCAGUACUGCAUCUUCACAAUCACAAGAGCAAAGUCCAAGUAAUACCUUGAUCAUAAGUGUAUCGCCUUUACAACACGAAAUAUAUUUAUGAAAUUACUAGUGCUAAUUAUUUAGUUAUGAAAUAUAUUUAUAUGCAAUCUUAUAUAAUUUAACCGUUGUUAUUAACUUGUACAUAUAAAUGUAUAUUGGGUUAU